GUCACUCACAUUUACCGGCACUAAUUUGGCCGGAUCUUGCCCGUCGAAAUCGUCCAAAAUUGUCGUGGAGCGAAUUAACCCUCAAUCCAAUUGUAAAGCUCGGACGAGGCUCAUCCUUUGUUUGUGCAGCUCACGCUCUUCGAGCGAUCAUAUAUCACAUUUCAGAACUUGGAAGAAAAACGAGAAAUGGCAAACUUAUGUUGCACGUAUAUUGUAUAUGCAUUAUGGAUCAGUAUUAUGACUGAGGCAUCAACAAACCCAACUACAAACUCCUCCUCGCCCAACAGAAGAGGAAGCAAAGUGUUGUCCAUUUUUCAGAUUGUUCAGUUCAAGAACGGUCCUUGCUCAACGACUGGAGCUCAAAGUGGCACUUGUUACACACAGGCCGAAUGUGACGCUAGAGAAGGCACUGCUGCGGGAACUUGCGCUGGAGGCUUUGGUGUUUGUUGUAUCAUCAACUUGGCUUGUGGUGGAAUGAGUUCGGAAAAUUGCACGUACUUGGCCCAAACCUCGAGCACCACCGGCACAAGUACAUGUCAGUACACAAUUUGUCCUUGUGACGAGAACAUCUGUCGGAUUCGCUUUGACUUUGUGACUUUCAAUAUCAAUGGACCUAUAACUGCCUCAGCUGUUGCCGACUUAUCAAUUUCCGCCGUCACUGAUUUGGCCGGCGCGAUUGGAGAUUGCACCAUGGACACAUUUGGCAUUACGGCACCGGGAAAUUUUGCUCCUCCAAUAAUUUGCGGAUUCAACACAGGACAACACAUGAUAGUGGAUGCUGAUCCAGAUAAUUGCAACGAGGCAACAUUUGACUUCAGUGGAGGUGGAUCCAGGAACUGGAACAUAAAAGUGACUCAAUAUGCUUGUGGUGAUGAGCAAGGUGGUCCAGACGGUUGCCUCCAAUAUUUCACUGGAAAUAACGGAACCGUGGCAAGCUUCAAUUUUCCUACCCAGGCAGGAAUUCUUGAUACUUCAACCACUCAUUUGUCGAGUCAGACUCAAACAAUGUGUUGGAGGCAAGAAAUGAACACUUGUGCAAUCUGCUGGAUUCCAGUCAUCUUAGGAAACGAUUUGCAAACAGGUUCCUUUGGUUUGAGCAUCUCAGCGGGAAAUGCUAAGGCCCGAGGAGAAGUGGAUGGAAAAUGUCGACGAGACUACUUACUGAUACCUGAUGCCCAAUCUGAUGUUGACGAUCCAGAGAGGGGUACAUUCAAUACAUUCAUUGUUGGAACAAUUGGAUCCAUGGAGAGACUGAGCGAUCGUCUGUGUGGACGGUUCUUUACGAACGCUGAUAAUGGCAGAGUGCGUCAAGGAUCUAGAUCCGUAUGCAGUAAGCGCAUUUGCCGAGGGCUUUACUCGUUUCUCAACAAAAAGGAGCGGAUUUCAGUUUCCUUUUUUUUAUUUGGUUCGGUUUUUCACGGGCUUUUCUAACCGCUACAAGGGAUGUAAUCGCCAGUACUAUUAAAAUGAAAGGUUAUAAUUUGCCUAUUUAUUACCUUUCAAUAUUUAUACGAUAUUUGGUCUAUCAACGAAUUUGAGUUGACAGACCGAGCUAGCCCUUGAAUUUAAGGUUGAUCUGGAAUGCUAUCUAAAAAAUUGUCCAAGUCUGGCUUGAAAGAUGCAACCAUAUCAACAAGGCCUGCGUAUUCCCUACGAAUAUCAGAGGGAAGCAAAUUAAACAAUGAAGGAGCCCAAGAAAGAAGAAAGUUGGACUUUAUUGUUUAAACUAGCCUGGAUUCUCGAGGGCUUGAAGGUGCUCUCAAAACGCACAUUAAGCCUCUACAGUCACUACAAUUGACCCUAAAUCCUGGGUUGGGACAAAGCUCAUGAAUGCUUUUGAAAACGUAAAAUAUCAAAUACCUUUCGCAUCUUCUCUGAACACUGUACAAGUUGUUUCCUAUUCUGAAUGAUGCUUCUUAUCCAAUUGAGAA